AUGGAGAAGAUGGAGAAGGCAGCCUUGCCAACGGACGGCGCUGCUGCGCAGCACAUCGCACAUAAGAAGCGCAUCUGGCGCCUCAGAGCAGCGUGCAUUGCUGGUCUUGCUUGCUUGUUUCUUUUCAAUCUUCACUGGCCUUUCUGGCGACCUCCACCACCACCUCCUCAUCACCACCACCCUCAUCCUCAUCCUCAUCCUCCUCACGGCCAUCCUCCGCCUCCUCCCCACGGUCCUCCCCACGGCCCUCCUCACGAUCACCCUGACCAUGAUCACCAUGACCACUGGAGAGGCCCUUCACCCUACGGGAAAUUCCCCAAAGCCAAUGAUCCUUUCCACUUCAUCCCCUGCACAGACGAGACUGUGCCUCCCGCUCUGGAUGACCACCAUGCAAAGAGAAGCUGGGCGAGGCUCUUUGACCCAAAUCCCAGACACUGGAGCUGGGGUAACCGUACUGAGCAAGACAAGGACGCAAUUCCGAAGCAUGACCCCUACGCUGGCCGCGGCAUCUACCUCUGCGGCUGGCUCGAUGUUCCUCUGGACUACACCAACGCAUCUGAUCCCCGUAUCGCUCGUCUCGCCGUGACAAAGUAUCAGGUCUCAGGACUCGCUCCCGUUCAUGGCCUCCCCCAGCCAUCUGCUGGCCAUAAAAGCGAGCGGACUCUUGUGGUUGAGCCUGGCGGUCCUGGUGGCAGCGGAACGUCUCUUGUCAGGCGCUCAGCUGAAACCUUCACGGCGCGUCUGAGCGGUGGCGCAUACGAUGUGCUGGGCUGGGAUCCCCGCGGCGUCAACACGUCCCUCCCCGCCCUCUCCUGCUUCCCCUUUGAUGCCGACAGAGAUCACUGGUCACUGCUCAGCGGACAGUACCGCGAAGUUCUGGGCUCGCCUAGGGCUCACCUGGAGGUCGCCGAUGCUUUGAACCAGGCAAUUUUCAGCGCCUGCUACAAAACGCAUGGUGAUCUACCUCGUUUUGUGAGCACGGCAUUCGUGGCUCGCGACCUCGAGGAAAUUCGCAAGGCCCUUGGCGAAGAUGAGCUGACGGCGCAUAUGAUCUCAUACGGCACAGGAAUCGGACAGACGUAUGCAAACAUGUUCCCAUCAAGUGUAGGAAGAAUGAUCUUGGACGGCACUGAGUAUGUCAAAGACCAUCGUCUCUUGGGAGGCUUUGGUUGGACUGCUCUGGAUAACGCGACUAAUGCCUGGCACGAUGGCUUCCUUGGGGAGUGUAUCAACGCUGGACCAGAGCACUGCGACCUAGCGAAGCCGAUUGAUGACCAAGCUGUAACUGUGGAAAGCCUAGAGUCUCGCCUUGAGACGCUCAUUACUUCGCUCAUUUCGCGGCCCGUAGUAGGCUAUACAAAAUCCAACGGGCCAUCUAUCAUUACAUACUCUGGCUUAGUGGGAGCUAUCUAUGGAUCUCUUUACAACGCAAACUCCUGGCCUGCACUGGCAACGCUCCUCUAUGAGCUUGAAGCAGGAAACUCUACACUUGCUGCAGCCAUGCUUGAGCGCUCGGCCUGGGAAUAUGACCCCACACUGCCCUCCAUCCCCAAUAAAAAACCAUCUACCGAUGAGUUGGCGGAUCUUGUCAUAUGCUCAGAUGGCUACGAUGCUGAGCUACCAGAGGAUGGCCUCGACUGGUGGGAAUCUCUUUGGGCGAAUAUGACAACAAAGUCUUGGAUUUCGGGCAACUCGCGCUUCUUCAACGUCUUCCCUUGCCAGCGAUUCACGGACUACUGGCCCAAGCCGGCGGAGGUCUUCCGUGGCGACUUGAACGCAACGCUCAAGCACCCGAUUCUGCUGAUUGCUGAGACAUAUGACCCUGCUACGCCGCUGCGAAAUGGCCGAAGACUGCUCGAGGAGAUGGGCAGCAACGCGCGACUUAUUGCACACCACGGCUACGGCCACUCAUCGCGAGACAAGUCCAACUGCACAGAUGCUAUUGCGAAGAAGUAUAUCCUGCACGGAGAGCUGCCUGACGAGCAAGAGACGGCUUGCUAUGCGAACGAGAAGCCGUAUCUCUAUGGCGUUGAGAAGGGCAAGGCGGGCGAGAAGAAGGAUCCAUUAGCAAUUUGGAGCGAGCAUAUCAAGGAGCUGCCGUAUCUCAAUCCUCGGCUGCUCUAG